UCCUCCUCCUCCUCCUCCUCCUCCUCCUCCUCCUCCCUCCCCCCCGACGCGAUGGGCUGCUGCAUGGCCUCCCGCCAGGCCGGCGGACCGCCUCCGCACGCGCCGGGCCUCGAGGGGGUGCCCGUGCCCGCGGGCCAUCAGGAGAGCGACGCCCUGCCCCAGUCGCCGGAGGAGGUGUGUUUCGACCCGACGCGGUACACGGACGCCGCGAGCCUCUUCGACGCGCUCGCGUUCACCGUGGAGGGCCUCCACCCGGUGCGCCUGGUCCGCAUGUCGUGGCUGCUGCAGCAGCGCGGUACGGUCCUGAAGCGGCGCCAGGAACUGCCGGAGGAGGCGUUUGUGUCCGCGGACGAGCUGCGGGCCGUCUGGGACGCCAGCGGGCGAGGAGGAAGAGACCAGGUGGCGCCGAUCAUCAGCAUCUCGUUCUGCUGGGACUCGCGCGAGCAUCCCGAUCCCAAUGGGGUGCAGCUGAGCUUGGUGAUAGACACCCUAGAGCAGGAGCGCCGCAAGUACUCCAGAGCCUGUUGGUCCUUCAAGGGGUUCAGUGAGAUAGGCGUGUUCUGGGACUGGGCCUCGCUGCUGCAGGGCGACCGCGACAAGGCCGAGACGGCGAGGGCCGCCGCCCUGCAAGAAGGCAAAACCAAGAAGGACGCGCAGGAGGCCUCGGACGAGGCCUAUCGGACCCCCGCCGAGAAGGCCGCGUUCCAGCACGGCCUGCAGGAGACGAUGGACCUGUGGUACGCCCACCAAGCCACCACCGUCCUCCUGCUCACCCAGCACCCGCGCGAGCGGGGCAGCACGCGCGAGUUUGGCUACGACCAGUCGGGCUGGACAACGUACGAGCGCUGCUCCGCAGAGCAGCUCAAGAAGGUGUAUCGCGAGGACGCAGAGUGGUCCGCCGUGGCCGAUCUGGGGCACGGGGCGGGGGCGGCAGCGGCUGGGAGGGGGUGGCCAAUGGGCCCAGACCAGUUCGACCGGCUCAUCGAGGACAGGACCUUCACCAACGGCUCGGAUCGGGAGGCGGUGAAGGCGCUCUUCCGCCGGAUGAGCCGCGCGCAGCUGGGCAGCGUGACGAAGCUGGACCUCGACGGGAUGCCGCCCCCGACCCCCGAGCAGGCCGCGGGUCUCGCCGGCUGCCUGCGGCUGUGCGCUCGCCUGGAGAAGCUGCACCUGAUGAACUGCAAGAUUGGCCCUGCGGGCGCGGAGGUGCUGGCGGGGGCGCUGCCCUCCGUGCCCCACCUGCGGGUGCUGAACCUGCGCGACAACGGCAUCGGCGACGCCGGCGCGCACGCCCUGGCGGGGGCGCUGCUCGCCAUGCCCGGCCUGCAGGAGCUGAACCUGUGGAAGAACGGCAUCGGCGACGCCGGCGCGCAGGUCCUGGCGGGGGCGCUGCCCUCCAUGCCCGGCCUGAAGGAGCUGCACCUGCAAGACAACGGCAUCGGUUGCGACGGCGCGCAGGCCCUGGCGGGGGCGCUGCCCUCCAUGCCCCGCCUGCAGACGCUGGUCCUGCGCGACAACGGCAUCGGCGACGCCGGCGCCCGGGUCCUGGCGGGGGCGCUGCCCUCCAUGCCCAGCCUACGGUUGUUGAGCCUGUCCGAGAACGGCAUCGGCGGCAACGGCGCUCAGGCGCUGAAGGCCGCCUGCAGCGACCGUCGCGGCAUUUUGCGCGGCGUCUGAGCUGGGGCGCCCGGCGGGGGUGCUGGGAGACGCAGCAGGGCGCGCGGCAGGGAAGGCGAGCUUAUGGGGUGAGGGGGGGAGCGUCGCAGGCUGACCUCAGACAUGGUCCUGGUUUGGAAGCACAGAUGCAUUAUUAGCGGGAACAACACGUGAGCGUCGCAUUGGGAUGCCGCGACGAGGCUCACGGACAUCUAGAAUCGACGCUGCUCACCGCGUGUGUUCAGGGUUUCCGCAAGAGCCUGCUGAGAUGGCAGCUCCCCAGCAGCAGCGGCCAAUAUGAUACAGCAUACUUUGCGCCCGCUGGGCAGAAGCGGUACUGAUCACCGCCAUCACACGGGAGCGAUCGGCUGCAUUUUCCCCUUCUCCUCUGCCAUUCUUUUCGUCUUGUCUGAAUCCUUCUCUCGGCAGGUUGUGCUCCAUCUCUUUGUUCCCCAGAGAGCUUGCUGAACGGGGUGCUGUGGUGAUAGAAGAGAGCUCCGGCCAAGGAAAAGGGGCGCAGAGACAACCUCAA